ACUGGUGUGUUUAUUUAUAUUUUAUGAAAUAUAACGGUAUAAAAUACAGUUCUGAAAAUCCGUUUUUGAGGUAAGAGUUAUUCCCCUUUGAAAACUCUUUCGUGUUACUGAUGUAAACAAAUGGCAGACGGCAGGUGUUCGAUCGCCUGUAUAUCUACUGUAGUUAAAACAGACUGCAACGUAUCUUCAAGAUAUCGAAAUGACGGUGAAGUGAGGAGGUUGAGUGACUGUAACAGGCCCAUUUUCAACCAUUUGCGUCAGUUUUCUAUUAACAGCGCCGACAUUACAAGUGAAGGGCAAUUGAUUGCAUUUCGAUGCGGACUGUUCGACACAGAUCUUAGCUCAUUCACCGUGUGCCCAUUUCAUAGAGACUCUCUAGGACUAGCAUGGCAGCAGAGAGUCAAGUGUCAAUAUCCUUUUCACGAAGGGAAAGCUAAACCAUACCGUAGUUUUUCUCUCCGAAUGAGCAGACUUGUUUUCUCAAGCUUAUCUACUUUGGUACCAGUUGGCUCAGGCAUAUGUCGUAAGUGUAUUGACCUUGUACACAACCUACCUGAUAAUCAUGAGGACAUAAAGAAUGAUAAUGAUAAUGAGAAGAAUAUAUCAGCUGAUAUCACACAGAGAUGUGCUGCGUACAGUCUUCGUCCAAUUAACAUUGAGAAUGGUGGGGAUUGCAUUGAACAUUCAGACCAGCUUUCAUCACAGGAGAGCCAACAUCUGUCUCAAACUUCAAACUGGAGUGAGGAAAAUUCUCUAGGAUUAGAGACAUUGAACAGUAUUGUCCAUACCAUUUCUAAUGGAAAACUCAGUCCAUUGAAAUACCAACUGCAAAAACCUCUUCAGGACAUUACGUCACAAAGUAGAAAUUACAUACAGAAGAAAGCAUCACAAAUGGUACAUAGUAUCCUGGAAUUGGUUGCUCCUGGACAAUCAGAAGAUCUGCAUGAAACUCAUGGUGGAGCCUGUAACAAACACCAAACACCAAGAAACUGAAAACCUUUUUGAAAUACUGACUAAAAUCUACAACGAUUCCACAUACAAGCUAGGCUGUGAAAGAUCAGACUCUAUCUAUUAUGGCUGGACUUACAACAAAAGAGGACCUCAAGAACAGAAUCCCAGGACUUACAAACUAUCAUAUUGACAAAGUUCGAGCUGUUACACCAGACCAAAUAUUUCAGAAGGUAAACCAACCUCCAAAGAAAAGACAAAAAAUGGACCAAACUAAACUAGAGCACUGUCUCUCAUUUUUCUUCAGCUCCUCUUUUCACCAACUGGUGUCUUAUGGUACAAGAGAUUUGGAGCUUGACUCUGGUGAAAUAGUUGUAAUUCCAGAUGUGGUUCGCACUGCUUGCCAUUCUUCUAUAAUUGAAACGUAUGAAAAACAUUGCAAAGAUACUGACUUCUCACCACUGUCAAGGGCUACACUAUUUCGCAUCCUACAUGUAUGCAUGCUCGGCUUCCAAACGGCGCAACCUCCAUGGCUUAGACAACAUUACAGCAGAUGGCUUUGCUGCUUUUAAGUCUUUGUGUAACAUCUUGAAGAAUCUAGAGCUCAAAGGAACCAUAGACAAAGAUAUGAAAUCUACCUUGACACAACUUCUCACAGAUGGUCAAAAUUAUCUGAAGAGAACCUUCAAGUUCCAUGUCUCUCUAGAUUCAGCUUGUUCUGACCAUUGUAUACAGUGGGCUUGCAGUGAUCCUAAAGAUGUCAAAUUUCAGUCCGUAUGCAACCAUGAGCACACAGACAGCUGUCAAGAGUGUGAAAAAUUAUCAGUGGUCCUUGAUCAGAUGUGCUCUUUGAAUCUAGAUGAUGAUGAGGAAGUAUAGAUGUUAUAGAGGCAAGAAAAAACAUCCAAGCAUGGAAAGCCCACAUCGUAAGAACAAUCAACCAAGACCGCAGCAGAGUAGAUCUUCUAGACACUUUGAAAACAUCUCAAAUACUGCUGUGAUGGACUGGGCCAUGAAGUUUCUCCCUCUUUUACAUCGAGAGAAGCAGUCAGACUGGUUUGGUCAAAAAGGGAUCUCAUGGCAUGUCACUGUUGGCAUCACUAAAGAUAAUAAUGGAUCUCUAAAGCAUAGUACUUGGGUGCACAUUCUGGAAAGUGGCAAACAGGACUGGUUUGCUGUAGCAUCAAUCCUGGAACAUACUCUUUCAACUGUGGCUCAGCAGUAUCCCAAUAUGAAAGAGGCGUUCCUAAGAUCUGACAAUGCUGGAUGUUAUCACAAUGGAUUUCUCUGGAGUUCAAUUCGUAGCAUAUCUGAGAGAACAGGAAUCGUUGUUAAAAGAUUCAACUUUAGUGAGGCACAAGCAGGAAAAUCAUAUUGUGAUGCCAAAAUUGCUCAUCAUAGGAAGAAAAUGAGAUUGUAUGUAGCAGAUGGCAAUGACAUCAAGUUUCCAGCUGACAUGAAGAUGGCCAUAGAUACAAGUGGAAGAGUUGCUUGAUGCCAGGUAGCAGUUGUUGAUGUUGAUUACACCCAUCAACUGUUAUUUGGCCACAAAUGGAGGGAUGUACGUUUCAUCACUGAUUUUGAAAUUGAUUCUUCCUUGAUGACCACUCACCGUGCGUUUGACAUUGGUCAGGGAAAUGUUAUUGACGCAACAUUGAUGGUCUCCUUACCACAGAGUUCAACGGAUCUACGAAUACUCUCCAACUUCAUGACACCAGAAAAGCAGGAAGGACAUAUACAAACUCCAAGUACUGUAAAAGAACCUGUUCAGUGCUUCCCUUGUUCCGAAGAAGGCUGUUUACAAAGUUUUUGCACCUUUGAAGAAUAUGAGGAACAUAUGUAUUUUAAGAGACACACGUUUGAAUUUCAUCAAAAUUCAAACAUGUUUACAUUUGACAAAGUUAAGCUGAGAUGGGCAGAAAAAUGUAACCUGCAUGAAAGUGAAGAGCAGAUCAUCAUGCCAACAGCCCUGUCUGACAGUGGUGGAAAAGGUUCUAGCAUAAAAGGAUGGGCUCUUAAGAAAGAAAAGAAACAAGUUCGGUUCAAACAGCACGUGCGCGAUUAUCUAAACGAGGUAUUCAAGACUGGAGCGGAGGUUGGGAGGAAGGCUAAUCCAGCAGAGGUUGCUUUGAACAUGAGAGCACUGACAAACGAUAGGGGAGAGCGCAUUUUUGCAGCUCAGGACUGUUUAAAGCCAAGUCAAAUAAUUUCCUAUUUCUCCAGGCUCACAUCACAAUCCAAGGAUUCCUCGAAACAAGGGAGCAGAGAAAUAGCAGAAGAAGAGGAUGAUGAAUACCUGGAACACGUUAUCAGGGAAAUUGAAAUUCAGGAAAUCAAAGACACUGUGAAUGCGCUGUGAUCAGGAAAGAGAAACCUUUGUUCAGCUAUGUACAUGUAAUUUACGUUAGAUAUUUUAUUACAGAUUCAUAAUUCCAAAUGCAAAUGACUGUUAACCUUAACUCUAUAUCUAGAAUUUCGAACAAAUUAGUUUUAUCAUGUUUAUGACUACAAUAUAUAUUAUAUACAUGUAUAAGACAAAUCAAGAUAAAUGUUAUUUCAAAAUUUUCCUAAGGUUGCAUAAUCAAGUCCUGUAAUUUAGAAUUCUUUCUCUGUAUUAAAAUUCAAAUAGCCAGUAUUUAUUUUAAAUAGUGUGUAACUCACACCAGUAUUCCAUUCAAUUUUUUACCCUUGCAAUAUAUAUGAUGACUUUAACUUCUUAUUGUAAAAAGGUUACCAAUAUGCAGGGACACAUUUUUGCCAUUUUCAUUGUUAUGCAACAAAAUCAAAUUUUGUUUUUACACUUGAUAUAUUCUUCAAAUGUUUUUGAAUUUAUUUGUGCAAUCAAAUUUUAUUUCUUUUUUUAUAAAUUGAAAAAUUGCAAUUACAUUAUAUGUAGGUAUGAUGCAAGCAAUAACUGAAGUGCAUGAUGUUGGAGGUUACAUAUCCUCCCCCGCCCCCUUGAUAAAAUUACAGCAUAGUAUUUGCCGUUUUCUAAUUUAUUCUUUUGGAGACAAUAUUAUGCAAAAAACAAUAUGUAUGUCUUUUUUUGUUAAUCACAUGUAUUUUUUUCUCACAUAUGCACUUAAGAAUUUACAUGUUCACUUACUGUACAGUUCUGUCAUUUUAUGUGUUGUCAUAAGUCAAGUGCUUAAAGGUUAAUUUCCGAGGCUAUUGUUCUAAAAUUAAAUGAUUUUUACAAGUUCUUCAUAGUCCUCAUAGAUUUGUCAACUUUAUAGAUAUAAACUGAUUUUUAACAAAAGAUAUGAUAAUAACAAUACAUGAAGUUAUUGCCAAUUUUUUCAUAUGAAGGGAUUUCAACAAUCCAUUGAUUCUCAUGUUUAUGGUGGUAGUUUUAUUAGGAAAAAAUGGGCAAUUUUCUUUUUAGAAACCUAUUUAUGUGAGAAAAGAUACUUUCUAAAAUAACAAAAGAAAAUUUUUAUCUUGUUUUGUGAACAUAUAUUGCCAAAAACUUAUAGUGAAAAAGGUUCGCAAAGGUGAAUUUUAAAAUAUUGUGGUUUUGUUGCCAUGGAUACCACCUCUAAUUGGUAAAAUCACACAUAUCUAAUUCUGGAAUUUUAUUAUUCAUAUGAUGACUUUUAUAACUAUUUAUAAUUGGGAACAAAAGCUGAUCAGAAGUUUUUAAUAUUUUGACAUAAAAAAGACCAAAUUUGUAGUUUUCGGUUUUGGCUAUUUGUUGCAAUAUGAACCCCUUUUAAUUUGCAUUUCAAGAAAAAUGUGCUUAAUAUCUAUAAAAAUUUGAAUGAUUUUUUAAAACACCAUAUUAUACUCUUAAUAAACCAACAAAAACAAAAUAUCACUCUUUUUUCAUUUUCUUGCUGUCAUGGAAUUUUAAAUGCUAUUUUCCUUUAAUGUACAGAGCUAUUUGGAGUCUUGUUGCUAUGGAAAAUAUGACGUGGCUAUUUCCAUAGCAACAGCUUGAAUUUUGCCGAAUGGUGUUUAGGUUUAGCUUAUAUGACUGUAGUCUCUUGUAAUAAAGAAAGGUUAUAUCAAUUG